GUUCCGAGUCGAACGUUCAGCGGGACGGGAAUGUGAAGUGCGCGCGCGCGAUCAGUUCGGAUCGAAACCCCUAUUUUUUCUGUUGUUGUCGGAUUUUGAGGUGUGUGCGAAUCGAUUAGUAUUCUGAACGGUUGACAUUUUUUUCUUCUCGGUAACUGAUUGGAUAGGAGUGGGAAGAUUCACCCGAUGGGAUUUUUAUUCCGAACGGCGUGAAGCUAAGAAUGCUGGUUUGAUCGCCAGCGAAGAUAGUGUUUUGUUGGAAGACGAAAAAACAGACCGAGGUUCCCGAGUGUGCGGAUCGAGCUAUCGGCGUUAAAUACCGUACGGUCCGAGAACCCAACACCACGAGAUAAUCGUGGGAAAGAUUUAUGCCGUGCAGUGUUUGUGUGGACCUAGCGGAUCUUCGCCGGUAUUGCUGCGCCAGCGGAGCUGAUAGAUCCUCUGGAAAACAGCGAUACUCAUUGUUCUCGGUAGCUAGGUUGGAAAACAAUAAGCUGCUUCCCGUACCGUACUUCACGAGUAGUUCGACAGUGCAACAGGAAAAUGAAAAAUAUACGAGCUGAUAAAAGUGAUAGUUGAUAGUGGUGAAUUCUCUGACAUGAAAUAGUGAAACGACCGUGGUCUACAGUAGCCGAAGCCGAGGAAGUAAGGAAAAAACCAACUCCCGGGAAAAGAAGGAAAACAACUGUGCGCCAGAAGUGUGAUGCGAUGCGUGAAAUUUAAGUAUUUUUUCAAUCAUCACAACUAAGGCCGGCUAAGGCAGUCAACUAGCAGCAGUUAGUAGCAGCAAAAUAAUUUCUAGUGAAGUUGGCGUUUGCGAAGUUAUUUGUUGUAUCAAAGGGCCCUUCGUUGGAUGGGUGUCCUGCAGUGAAUGGAAAAUAUUUUUUUUUGUUUUGUUUGUUGCAACGAUCAAAGUGCCAUUUUGUGUUUAGAUGUUCGAAGUUAUACCGUGAAAAUAAUAACAUAAAUAUCGGAAGAUCUUACCCAGUGAAGUGAUGUGAGCUGUGAGUUAGUUAGUUUUUUUUAUCGUUUUCUCCCCGGCGACCUAAGUCGACCGUGGAAAUUGAAGCCCCAGCCCUGCGCAGCGAAUCGCAUGAAGCGAGACGAGGAACGUGCUCGUAAGAUGUGGAGAGAUAUCGGCGUAGCUGCAAUGCAGCAGCACGGUCCAAACUCUCUACAUCAUCACCAUCAUCCGCAUUACAAUGGCAACAGUCCGGGUCCGGGUCCGGGUGUUGCCAACAAUCCACUUUGGAAUCAACCGGGCUAUCGGAAUUCCUACAGUUUACCCCACACGAGCCAAAGUCCGGCCCAGAAUGGCCGCUAUCAGCCGCACUACGAAAUCAAACCACUGUCCCAGUCCCCAUCCUUCCAAGAGAUUUCAAAUGGGAACUACAAUGGAAGUUCCCCGUAUCCCAUUAAGCCGCGACCCAUAUCGAUGUACGAGAUCGGAAAUGGGUCACCUGGUCAGCAGUUGCAUUCCCUUCCUCCCAAUUUUGUGCCACACCAGAACCGAUCCAACGGUCGAGCAUCGUCUGCGGGAUUGCCGCACCUUAGCAGGCAGCACCAGCAACAACAACAACAACAUCCACAACAACAACAACAACCGCCGACAAAUGGUCUGCGACAACAACCAGAAGAGUUGAAAGUCGACCCGGAACUAAUUUUCACCAAGCAGGAACGAAUCGGCAAGGGAUCUUUCGGUGAAGUGUUUAAGGGCGUUGACAACAGGACACAGCAGGUAGUGGCAAUCAAAAUAAUCGAUCUAGAGGAAGCCGAAGAUGAAAUCGAAGACAUACAGCAGGAAAUCAUGGUGCUAUCACAGUGUGACUCCCCCUUCGUUACAAAAUACUUUGGUUCAUAUCUUAAGGGUACAAAACUAUGGAUCAUCAUGGAAUACCUGGGCGGCGGGUCGGCCCUGGACCUGAUGAAAGCCGGUCUGUUCGAAGAAAUGCACAUUGCCAUCAUCCUGCGGGAGGUUCUGAAAGGACUUGACUACCUGCACUCCGAGCGAAAGCUGCAUCGUGAUAUCAAAGCGGCCAACGUACUUCUAAGCGAACUGGGCGACGUCAAGCUGGCGGAUUUUGGCGUGGCCGGACAGCUGACGAACACGACUUCCAAGCGGAACACCUUCGUCGGGACACCGUUCUGGAUGGCACCGGAGGUGAUCAAACAAUCCAUGUAUGACUCCAAAGCGGACAUCUGGUCUCUAGGGAUAACUGCAAUCGAACUGGCCAAAGGCGAACCGCCCAAUUCCGAGCUGCAUCCGAUGCGGGUGCUGUUUCUCAUUCCGAAAAAUAACCCCCCACAGCUGACCGGCAGUUAUACGAAGCCAUUCAAAGAUUUUGUCGAAGCGUGCCUAAAUAAAGAUCCUGAGAAUAGACCAACGGCUAAAGAACUACUGAAAUUUCCCUUUAUCAAAAAAGCGAAAAAGAAUUCAUAUCUAAUCGAUUUGAUAGAUCGGUACAAGAAGUGGAAAUCCCAGAAAGGAGAGGAAAGCGAAACGGAAUCGGAGAACUCGGACUCCGAGGAAUCCAAACCGGAUAGCGACCUGGACGAACCGUGGAUCAUGACGGUCAAAGGCAUGCAUUUCAACAACUUUAACAAAAAUGCGAUGGACGAUUCGCUCGGAUCUCCGGUGAAACACAACGGAACCAGCAAUAAUAUGAUGAGCAUGGGUAAUGCAAGAGACCGAGACCGGGAUCGGGACUAUAAUCUCAACCAGCAGAAAUCGAGUCAGCCACGAGCCCCCACGUCGCCAUCACACCAGCCGCAGACACCGUCCGUGUUGAUUUCCUCCAAUAGCAAUUCCAACAACAGCAGCAGCAACCGGAAGCAACAGAUCGUCUCGGAACGGGAACCAGUAUCACCUCAGAAGGAUGUAGGCACCCGGGCAAGCUUGGAACGGCAGCGGGAAAGCGAAAAGGAGCGCGAACGAGAUCGAAUAGAGCGCGAUCGGGAGCGGGAGCGGGAACGAGAGCGAGAGCGAGAACGAGAACGAGAUCGCGAGCGGGACCGUGAUCGCGAGAGGGAACGCGAACGUGAGAAGGAAUCGGAACGGGAGAACAAGGAAAGGAGAGGUUCAAAGGAGGUAUCCAAUCAUCGGGGUGAUAGUGAGGAGAAGAGCAGUUUGCGACGAGACCGAGAGCGCGAAACCAGUCAUAGUAACGGUAAUCCCAGAAGUAGCAGUAUUACAAAUGUAAAUAAUAACGCCAAGAGUCGAACGAACAGUGGAUGCCUCAAGUCGAUAAUAUUCCCUCUACUGUCGGAGAUGCAGCGAAGUUAUUCUAACUCGAGCAACGCAGAGAUCAGCGACCUGAGGCUAGCGUUCGAGAAGGCCGAACUGACAUGUCCCGGGGUGAAUGAUCUGUUUGUGAAGGAAAUCAUUCACAAACUGGUGCCCGGUUUCUCCGAGACUCGGAUCAAUACGCUUAUAGACAAAGUGACGCGAGAUUCCAAAGUGAAGCGAUAAAUCGUGCGUUGAGGCAUGUGUGUGUACGUUGGCUGGUUGUUUGAUUGGUAGCUUUUAAGUGUUCCGUGUUCCACCUCCAGGACAGAGAGCUCCGUUUUCUCCAUAUUUUUUAAUCCAAACCGUCAAGUGCGCGUAAGCGUAUUUUCGCCAGGGUUUGUUCAACCGUUUGGCCAACCGGGCAAAAAAAGUAGCUACGACGACUGACAUCUCGCGUGUGUACCUUUUUUCUUCAACUUCGGAUUUAGAAUGCUAUAGCAAGCAAAGACAGCAGGAAAGCUAUGAAACACGCAUCUACGGCGGAUAGACAAAGCAUGUAGGGACAGUUUGAUGUAACAGUGUAUAUAUUUUGUUGCAAAAUGAUAGAAGAUAUUUAUUUUUCACUUCUUUGACUAUUAGCUAUGAAUAUUUAGUUAGUUUCUAUUUUAGCUAUUUCAUACUUUUACCGGUAAUAACAACAGAAUAACAGCUGAAGACCGCUUAACAGCACAGCAACAAAUCAGAGAAAAAAAAUAUUGAUAGCACAGAAAACUGAUGACAAUAUGUCUUUUUAUUCAACACUGCAUUAGAUUACGGAUAUAUAUGACCAUUGCAAAUAUUCAGUUAGUAGAAAACAAACUUCGGUAACAUGUCUCGCUAGGAAAUAAAACAUUCGUUCUUUUUUUGCUACCAAAAAUAACUGGAUCGAGGUUUCUAUCUUCUGUAUAUAUCUUGUAAAAAAAUUCUGUUUCUAGGUUUUAACCAUUUUUUAAAUAAAAAUCUGCGAUAGUUUGAGGAUGGCGCUAAUCCAUAUUUGUCUAACUGAAAAAUAAAAAUUAUGUAUUUUUUCCACGUUUGGUUUGACCGUGAUGAACAAUGUUAAACAUAUGUUUUCCCACGCUUUUAUAUUUCUUCUCUGUUUUUAGACGAACUACUGCUUCAUCGUCAAAGAUGACCGUUCUUUACUAGCGAUUAUUGGUUUGUUUUUUUUUUUUGUCCUGUUGCGCUAUCCGCGUACAUUGUUGUUAACGACCGCUCUUCUGUUGAACGAUGUUUGUAACUACGUUGUUUCCAGUUUUUUGUUCGACGCUUUUCCGUUGAGCUCCUCAGUCUAAAAAAUCUUUCGUUUUAUUAAGCUUUGCCUUUAUGUUGAUCGUUUUUUUUCCAUUUUCAUACGAAGAGAAACUUAGUCAGUUUUUUGUUUGGUUUUGUUUUGUUGAGUCUCAAACCAGGAACGAAGCAAAAUUCCCUCCUAGAAAUCCCAACACAUAUACGAUCAUCGGAGAAAGUGGAAAAAGGAUAAUAGUUUAGCAAGAUGCGAAAAUUCCAUAGAGAAAGCAAGUAUGUUUAAUUAAUUUUAGAAACAAUAUCGUCGGUAUGUAACAUUGACUGUUAACUAUGUGGCGUAGAAGACACUGUGAAUAGUAAACCGAGGCGACUAGGAGAGUGAGGAGCAUUGCUGCACGGCAGUGAAUGAAGAAAUGUAAUGUUUAACUGCUACAUACUGAAUGAUACUAAUUUAACUAGGUAUAUUUAACUAAAAUCCAUUUUGAAAAACAAGUUUGAAAUUUUGCAAAACAUCAGAAACAUACAAAAGUACUGUUUCGAGCAGUUAUAUAGAACCAUAGACUUGACUACUGUAGCACUGGGAUAUUGUAAAAGAGAGGAAAAACCCUUGUUAACACUUUCAUAAAUAACAAUGUAUAAAGUGAUGGGACUAGUACACAAUCAAGCCCAAACAAUUCCCGAAAAUAGAACAACAAUGAUAAAAUUUAAUAUUAUUUCGAAGAAGAAAAAUGUUAGUUGGUUUCAAACGAAAUCUGUUCCAAAAAGUAUGCUCGCUGGACUGACGCAACAAAAGACGCUCAGUUCGAUCAGCCAAAUUUGGGCUAUACUGCGACGCGCCGAGUAUGAGAAUAAAGGAAAUAUUGUUAA